UGCCAUCAACAUUAAAAUUUUAUUUGUUUAAAAAUAUAAUUAAAAUUUUCGAAAUGUGAAUUUUGAGAAAAUUCUUGUGGUCAAUGGACCAAUCCGUUAACGAGAGAAAGAAAGAAAGGCUGUAUUAAGAAGAUGUGCAUUGCUGUAUUCCAAUGGAGAGCUCAUCCGCUUUACCCAUUUCUAAUGUUCCUCAACCGGGAUGAAUACCAUGACCGGUGCGGAAUACUCGUUGCAUUUUGUAUUUGUACAAUUUUGUUAUAUUGGUAUGAUUAUUAUUGUGCUUGAGCUGAAUUAAUGAUUUUGCUUGAUGGGGGACGGAACUGUAAGGCCAACGAAGGCUCUUGGGCGGUGGGAGGAGGAUGGUGAGAUUGUUGGGGGAAGAGACUGUGUUGCCGGUGGGACUUGGCUGGGCUGUACCAAGGGGAAAAUUGCUUUCCUUACCAACGUCCGGGAAAAGGAGCUCAACCUCUCGUCUUCUCAAUCCAAAAGCAGGGGUGAACUCCCACUUCGCUUCUUAAAGAGCAAUAAGAGCCCUCAUGAUUUUGCGGAGGAACUUAUGGGAGAAGCUGAGCUUUUUGGCGGGUUUAACCUGGUGGUGGUUGAUCUCUGUUCAAUGACUGUGCUUUACAUGACCAAUAGACCACAGGGCAGAGGUGGAGUAUUAGUUACAGAGGUAUCCCCUGGUAUCCAUGUCUUGACUAAUGCAACCUUGGACUCUCCAUGGCCCAAGGCUCAACGGCUACAAAAAAAGUUUAAGUUGGUAUUGGACGAAUAUAGUGAAUCUGAAAUUCCUGUGGAAUCUGUGGCAAAAGAAUUGAUGAUAGACACGACAAAAGACGCCGAGCUUCCUGGGGUCUACUCGCCUGAAUUGGAGUUUCAUUUGAGUUCCAUUUUUGUUGAAGCAUACACAUCUAAGGGUGUGUGUUAUGGAACAAGAAGCACCUCAGCAUUGGCAGUGGACAAUUGCUCUGAGGUCAAAUUUUAUGAGAGGUCGCUUAUGAAUGGUGGUUCGUGGGAGGAACGCACCAUGUCCUUCAAGGCUGUUUGAUUACAUGCGUACUCUGAAAAUUAUUAGAACAAGUCUAAAGUUACACCUUCAUGUUGCACUAAAAGAUUCGACAAAGUGAAAAUAU